AUGGUCAACUUCUCCGAAAUCAUCCAGAUCAUCGAGAGCAAGCGCAAGCCCUCCUUGCCUUGGGAACGCGAAGAGCCCGUCCCACAGCCGUUCUACAGCUACUCCCCCACCACCCAGACCUGGCAAGCAGUCCAACCUACUUCCACCGAGACCACUUCGACCACCCAGACCACCAGCAGCAACACCACCUUCUCCAUCCUCUCCUGGAACAUCGACUUCAUGCUCCCCUCCCCCACCCCCCGCAUGGCCGCCGCCCUCUCGCACCUCCACUCCCUCCUCACCAACAUCCCACACCCCGCCAUCGUCUUCCUCAACGAAAUGCUCGAGUCCGACCUCACGCUGCUACAAGCCACGCCCUGGGUCCGCGAGCGCUACCACCUCACCGACCUGGACGCCCAGCACUGGGAGAGCGGGUACUACGGCACCUGCAUGCUCAUUCCCCGCACGUUGCCCGUGACCAAGGUGUUCCGCGUGCACUACUCCGCGACGGGUAUGGAGCGGGACGCUCUGUUCGUGGACGUCGCCGUGCUCGGCGGGGCGGCUGCGAAACUGGUGCGGCUCUGCACGACGCAUCUGGAGAGUCUGGUGGCGGAGCCGCCGAAGCGGCCGAGGCAGGUGGCGUCGGCGGCGCGGUUCCUCGUGGGCGAAGAAGCGAGGGGGGAGCAGGGGCUGGUGGGCGGGGUCAUGGGUGGUGAUUUCAACGCGAUUCAGCCGUUUGAUCGGACGCUGCAUGUGGAGAAUGGGCUGAGGGAUGCGUAUUUGGAGAUGGGGGGUGAGGAGGAUAGCGAGGAGGGGUAUACGUGGGGGCAGAUGGCGCCGACGAAGCAGAGGGAGAUGUUUGGGUGUAGUCGGAUGGAUAAGUUGUUUGUGGGUGGGGAGGUGGAGGUGGUAGGGUUCGAACGGUUCGGCUUGGGGGUCAAGGUUGGGGAUGAGGAGGUGGAGAGGGUGUUAAGGGAGGAGGAGGGAAUGGAGGAGGGUUGGGUCACGGAUCAUGCGGGCGUGUGGGGGACUUUCAAGUUGAAGGAGGGUGAGAAAGGUGUGGCUAAAAUUUGA